GAUCACCAACACCUAGUCCUCUCUCCUGGCAUGUGGGCGGUCACACACAUACACACAGCGCCUGCUCCUGCGCUAUAAAUAUUCUCCGCGCUCGUGCUGAGACACCAGACGCGCCCUCGGGAAGCGCGUGCACCGGGAGACUCGGACUCGUUUCAGUGAGAUGGACAGUAAGGAUCCUGAGGAGAGCUCGGAGGAGGACCUGGACAGCGUGAAGGCGCUCACCGAGAAGCUGAAGCUGCAGACGCGCAGACCCUCCUACCUGGAGUGGCAGGAGCGCGUGCGCAGCGGAUCGUGGAACGGCUGCCGAAGCGCGCGCGAAGCGUCCGCAGCCGCAGAGCGCGAGCCCCGCAACGGCCCGGGAGACAUAUGCGGCUUCCGGUCCAUGGACGAUGCGCUGCAGUGGCUCCGAAAGGAACUGAGGGAGAUGCAGCUGCAGGACCAGCAGUUGGCACGUCAGCUGAUCCGAUUGCGUGGCGAGCUGCACCGCCUGAAGGUGGAGCGUGUGUGUGAUGGACACCGGGAGAUGCUGGAUGAUGCUACCCUGGAGCUGGAGGAGUGGGGCGAGGAGUGUGACCUGCUCUGUGACGUACCUCUCAAAGCCGCAUUCACCCUGUCCACACCACUUAAACACCUUGGCCUUACUAAAAUGAACCUCAACGCCCGCCGGUUCUCCCUCUGCUGAACAUCUCCAGAGUGAACGUUCUCACAAACUCCUCCGCUCAUAGGUCAUGACAAGCUUACAAAAGAGCUCAAGGGCUACAGAAUUGUCGUGAAAACAGGCAGAGUAAACAUAUUGGCUGACAUCUGUGGAGUUUGUUAGUGGGUUGAUGCUCACUGUAACCUUAUGGUAGAAAAUGCGAUGCCUUUAAUACACCCUAAAGACCUUACCACAGAGAUAUUUCAUUUCAUUUCUAAACUGGAGUGUAAAUUGAAUCACUGCCAGCUUGACGCUGCUGGGGUUUGGUUUGGAUGACCCUGACCUUUGACCUUCAGCUUCCGUUCAGUUUAAAGAUAAACAGUGGCACCCUUUUAAAAAAAAAAAAAAACCACAUACUGACUGAAAGCAAACGAGUAGUAAUAAAUGUAUUAAAAAAGGAUAAAUGGUUGCUGGAGAACACUCUUCUUAAGGAAAAAAGCCAUAAUGUCUAACAAAGCCUUAGAUUGUAGAUAGUACUGAUUUUCAAGUCAGAGUUUUGGGACUCCAGUGACCAUCAUGACUUUAACAAGUGUCAUGACGGUAAUGUCAAUUAUGUACUGUAAAUACCACUUAUGACAUGAGAGAAAGUCAGUAGAACUGAAGAAUAACAAAAGAUAAGUGGAAAAUAUAUUCAAGUUAAGGUGUAUAUGUCAAAAUAACUAUUUAUUUAUUCUUUUACGUAAAAUGUAACCAUUUUUGACUAUUGAGACAGUAUAUUACACAAGUUGAGGCCAUUUCGACUCUUUGAAGUGUUUCACCUGACACCAACUGCUUGUUACAAAAAUGUAUAUAAAAUGUAGAUGUACAGUAUGUCUUACAGUACAUAUGUUGCUUAGUAGUGCAACAGUUUAAGGUCGAGCAAAAUCUCCCAAUCUCUGACAUUUCUCUAAAAUAUCUGACUUUGAUGGAGAAGAAAUUGAAUAAAGACUAUGAAGUCAGUGAUAACAAGACUUUAAAUUCUGCCUUGUGAUUGGUCGAAUUCAUAUAGGGCUUGAUUAAUUUUCUAUAAAAGCAGCUCUGACAGUAAUGCAGCUACAUAUCACAUGUUUAUAUUAAUGUUGUUGUUCUAAUAUAUUAUUUCUGUAGGAACAGCUGUUUCACAGUGACUUUCAUAAGAUAUGUGUUAUCACUAAUGUGGUUUUCUAUAAGGCAUGUUUCCUUUAAGGAAGGAGUCUCCAGUGUCAAAGUCAGGGGUAAAGCGGUAACUUUGCAAGGUUUCAGUUUCCAAAGUGUAUAGUGUCCAGUGUUGGAUGUAACGCGUUAAAAAGUACGAAUUAACACGUUAGAGUACUCAGAUUACUUUUUUUAAUUUAACGAGUAAUCUAAUGCAAUAGGUCUGCCAUUUAAAUACUUAGUUACUUGGUUAUUUUUUUCAAAAAUGUAAUCUGUGACAGCAGUCUUUCCAAUCCAAGUGUGUGUGUGUGUGUGUGUGUGUGAACGUCGUCCUACAAGCCCCGCCCCUGAUAACCCUCUCCCCUCUGUUUAUUCCCCUAUCUCACCUAUGAUCGAAACCGUUUAGGUGAGAAAGUGGUAUUAGUAAUUAACAGAUUAUGGACCAAACUUCGCUGAUUCAUGAUGGUAGAAUAAUUAUAAAGGUCUUGACCUGAACUAAAAUGAUUCCUCCUGCAUGAGGAAUCACAAAGGAGUUUUCAUUUUCUGCUGUGGAAAGGUACUCUAACUAGUUACAUUUAUCAAAAAGUAACACAGUAAUGUAACUGAUUACUUUUUGGAGACAGUAAUUUUGUAACAUAAUUAGUUACUUUAAAAAGUAACGUCCCCCAACACUUAUAGUGUCCACAUAUUUAUAUCUGUUACAAUGUAAGUGAUAACAGGAACCUACCUGUUUACUAAGCAUUCCGCAAUAUAAACUGUAAUCGGGAUAAAAAGAUUUAAGAAAUUAGUUGAAGAAAAUAAAAAAGUAAUAAUUGGCAAAUUACAGUAAUAUGGGAGAAGGACGACAUCAUGGAUGUGUUGUAUUAUAUUAGUAAAUGAGACAUUUUUGAUUAUGCUUCAUCACUUCACUGUGUCAUUUAUUAUUUUUACAACACUGCAUCUCCCUAAGGGAAUAUUUUCAUGUACUUUAUUGUCAUCAUAAAACCUUGCAAAAUGGACCUGUGAUGACACAGUGAUGUUUUUCCUAAAGUUAUCUGAAGACUCAACCUAUUCCAGUCAAAAUGGAAGACCCGGCCAUCAUUUGCACUGAAAUGAUAAACCAACUUGGGGCAUGGAGCUGAACUCAAAUCCACUCUCCCUUUCCUCCUUAUCCUGAACUGGCUGCUUCCCAAAAUUCCUGCUUAGAAUGCCGGACACUCCAUUACACGACACCCAAAAUAACUAACAGAUAACAAAUGUAAGGAGAGACUAAUUACAGCUCAUAUACUGGACGAGGUCAAGCUGAACUGUUUAUCUUAUUUUAAAUAAAACCACAAUUGUUCUAAAAAAAUGUUAAUAAGGGGGGGCUGAAUGUGAAAGAGACUGUAUGCUUUAAAUAAACUCAUUAUGAAGCCCUAA